AAUGGGCUCCUUGUCUCAGCUCUGGGUGUGGGCCAGGCUCCCCGGGCACACAGUGCCCUCGCCAGGCCUGGCUGGCCUCCGUGGCUUCCACCCUCAGCUGGCUGUGGGUGAGCGGCCCCUCCCUGACAGCCCUGCCUGGGCUUCUGUCCCAGGCAGCAGAGGCAGGUAGAGAGAAGGACCCCAUCUAGUGGGGAAGGGUUGGGGGAAGGCAGCAGCCUCCGCCUGGGAGCAUCCUGGCCUCAGACCCACAGAGAGUGGGAGGCUAGAGGCUGACCCAGGUUGGACUUCCUGCCCCAAAGCUCCCUAGAUUUACGACCUUGGGCAGGUUCUUUGCGUUUUCCAUAUCUCUGCUUCCUCAUGGGUACAAUACCUACCAGAGAGCUGUGAUGAUGAUGAUUACAUGACAUCCUAUGUGGGAAAUGGCCAGUGAGUACCAGGCGCUCAGUAAAUAUUAGUUCACCUUCCCUGGACCUGAGGUAGGAGGGCUAAGGACACAGGGAUUGGCUCCCGGGGUCCUGAAAGGGCCUCAGUGGGGAGGUCAGGGCCAGGUAGGCUCUCACAAUGGGCUAGAACUCUGCCUUCCUCUGAGUUCUCAUCCACUCUGACUCCUCUCCCUGUCUCAGGGAGGGGAGGAAAGACUUAGGAUGAGUCAUUGGUGAAAACUUUCCCCCUGGAUUCUCUAUUUCUUUCUUCUUGGUUGUACCAAAAGCUCCUGAGAGACCCGUCAGGUGGUGGCCACUGGCCUGCAGUCUGUUCCCUUCCACCCUUUGUACCAAAUGUUUGUCCUGCCCCCUACUUGGUGCUCGUCUAUUGGGAGAAAUGGCUGUGGUAAUGAGGUUCUUCCGAUGGAUUUGGCGAAAGAUUACUUGCUGGGUUUUUUUCUGGAAACACAAAGCUAAGUCAACCAUCUUGGAACACCAUGACUCCCAGAAAAGUGCUUUGAAGGUGGAGAAGACUCCCAAGGUGGUUGAGACUUUCAAGUUGGUCGAGCCCUGCAAAGAGGCCUUUAAGGUCUCCAAGACAGAGGAGACCGCCAAGGUGGCUGAUGCCUUCACAUUGACCAAAUCAACAGAGAAGGCUGAGGUGGAGAAGAGAUGUGAGGGCCGAUCCCUGCUGCAGCUGCCGCGGACAGCUGUAAAGUCUGUAUCCAUGCUCAUGGGCUCGGCCCUACAGAGCGGCUGGCAAAUGUGUACCUGGAAGUCCUCUGUGAGUUCUACCUCCAUUUCCUCCCAGAUGAAAUCUGGGUCCCCUCUGGAGACACCGGAGGCUGAGAUGCUGCGGGAAGUGUACCUGGUGCUGUGGGCCCUCCGGAAACAGCUACGACAGCUGGCCCGCAGGCAGGAGAGGCGGAGGCGGCGCCAUAUCUGGACCCAUGCUGGCCCCCAACCUGAAGCAGUUCAGGGCCUGAAACAGGAUGCCCGGAGUCCCCUGUAGGGGGGAAUCCCCACAUCUUCCAAAAAGCCCCACCUCACUCUUAGGUAAGGUUGGUAGGAGAGGUUAGGGCAACAGGCCAAGAGUUGUGGGUGAGAAGUUUUCAUACUGUCACCUCUUAUCCAGAGACCAAGGCCAGGCCUGGGGUCCCACUUAUUCCCCUUCAUUCCGUUUAUUCAAUUUGUAAGAAAGAUUAUCAAAAUGUUGGGAAAUAAAUAUCAGAUAUUUCUGAGUAAA